GCCAUCUUAGAGAUUGUAGAUAUGAUAAAUACAAAGGUUGUAAAAGGAAGAUGAAGUGAUAGUUUCUUCUUCUUCAUAAACAAACAAAAAAAAGCAAAACAUUUACAAGAAAGAAAGAUCGAGAGAAUAAGUAAUGGUGAUAAAAAGGAUAGAGCUGUGUAUAGAGCUAAUGAAGCUAGGUAUGGAGUUUAUAGUGGUGGUGGCUGAAGCAGUCCAGAUUGUUAUGCGGCAACAACGAGCUCCUCCCCCACGUCCUCCUCCUCUCCUCCGCCAUGGCCUUCUCCCUUAUCCUGCUUCUUACCCUUCUCCUUUCCUCUUUGGCUUUCUCCCUUAAGAGUUCUCUCAUUUAUUAAAACCCUUUUCUUUUCUUUUCUUUUUCAUGAAAUGUUUAUAAUUCUGCUUCCUCUUUCUCUCUCUCUCUCUCUUUUCUUUUUUAUUUCCUGUAGAUACGUAUUUAGGUGUUAAUAACUCUUGUUGAUUCUUCUUGUAACCUAUGUAAGAUACUUUUAAAUCUUUCUUCUUUCAA